AUGCACAUUGUCAAGCCCGUCUGGUUGACGCAUCCUGGUGAGCUCAAGGAUUUCGAGGUCUACAGCUGCCAUGUCUCGCCCGACGGAAGCAGACUGGCUACCGCUGCUGGAGACGGACACGUACGGGUAUGGUCGACGGAGGCCAUCAUGAACUCUGCGAACCCGGACUACAAGAAGCCCAGGCAGCUCGCUGCCGUCAGCAACCACUCGGGCACCAUCCACACCGUGCGCUUCUCCAGCAACGGCAAGUACCUUGCCUCGGGCGCAGAUGACAGGGUCGUGUGCGUCUAUGUCCUGGAUCCCAACCCGGUUUCGCAUUCCACUUUCGGAAGCAACGAGGAGCCGCCUGUUGAGAACUGGCGCGUCUUGCGGCGUCUGAUCGGUCACGACAAUGAUGUCCAAGACCUGGGCUGGUCCUAUGACUCGUCGAUAUUGGUUUCAGUGGGCUUGGACUCGAAGGUCGUGGUCUGGUCGGGACACACUUUCGAGAAGCUCAAGACAAUCAACAGCCACCAGAGCCAUAUUAAAGGCAUCACAUUCGAUCCGGCGAACAAGUAUUUUGCAACCGCCAGUGACGACCGUACCAUCAAGCUCUUCCGUUUCACGCCGCCCGCUCCGAACGCUACAUCACAAGACUCAGUAGGCAACUUCGUCCUCGAGACCACCAUCGUCGCUCCGUUUGUUACUUCCCCGCUCACCACGUACUUCCGGCGGUGCUCCUGGUCGCCAGACGGCAAUCACAUAGCCGCGGCGAACGCAACCAACGGACCGGUGAGCUCUGUGGCCAUAAUCAACAGAGGAUCUUGGGAGAGCGACAUCAACCUGAUCGGCCAUGAAGGACCUGUUGAGGUUUGCGCCUUCUCCCCGAGAAUGUUCUACAGGGAGCCCCUUACAGACGCUCACAAAGACGCCAAUGGCAACUCCAACCUGCCUUCAGUCACUGUCAUCGCUUGCGCCGGACAAGACAAGACGUUGAGUAUAUGGAACACGAGCUUCGCCCGACCUUUCGUCAUCACUCAAGAGCUCUCAAGCAAGUCCAUCUCUGACCUUGCGUGGUCGCCGGACGGUGAACAUCUGUAUCUCACCAGCCUUGAUGGGAGCAUCAUGGGCGCCGUGUUUGAACCGGGCGAGUUGGGCUAUGUUGCGCCGCUUUCAGAGAGUGACAAAGCUCUGCAGAAAUUUGGUGCUGGCCGAAGGCUCGGCAUGGUCGAAGGAACGGAUGCGCUACUCCUGGAGGAAGGAAGCAAGGCAGGCGAGCUGAAGGGAGUACAAGGGCGAAUGGGUGAAUUGAUGGGAGACGGAGCUCCCGCGCCUGCAAGUGCUAACGGUGUCACGACCCCUGCACAAACAAACGGCUCAGCUGCUUCUCAGUCAAAUGCUCAAACAAACGGGCAGGGCUCGGCUGCCCAGACACCAGCGGCUCCCGCAUCAUCCGGAGACCCCAGAAUUGACAAGCUCAAGCAGCGUGUGACUGUUACCAAGGACGGCAAGAAAAGAAUCGCUCCUCUUCUCGUUUCUGCGUCUUCCGGUCUGGCAGAAUCUUCUUUGCCACAGACACAACUCGUUUCUGCGCAGCAGACCAGAAGUGGCCCAGGCGCUCGGAGCGACAACCCUCACAGUAUCCUGGACCUAUCGAAACCGUACGAUGGCUUGCCGAAAGGAGGACUCGCCGGUCUUCUGCUCGGGAACAAGCGGAAGUUUGCCGAGAUCGACGGAGACUCGGAGCGUAGGACUGAGAAGAGAUUCGCAAAAGCCACGGUAAAUGGUGCUGCUCCCAUACUGGUGAAUGCUCCAGAUGGGUUAAUACCGCCAAAGACGUCCGAAAGGCCAUUGGAAGUUGAGAUUCCCGAGCCUCUACGGCCAGCCAUCGUAAAUCCCAGCCUCUCUGUGAGUCAGUUGAGGCUGGCUGUGCCGAUGAUUCGCACUGUCAUUGUUAGGACAAUGGAUGGAAGUGAGCCGCCGCAGUCUGGCGAUAGCUCGAAGGAGGACCUAGUGAUUCUGGAAGCCAAAAACGCAACGACACCGUCGAGAACGGGAAGACCGCAAGAUCGAGAUCCUACACGUAUCACAUGCACCAAAAAGGGACAGACUCUGUGGCAAGACUUCCUUCCGAAGCCGGUCAUGCUUGUGACUGGAAAUCCGAACUUCUGGGCUGCAGCGUCUGAAGACGGAAUGGUACAUGUCUGGACACCUGCUGGGCGCCGGCUGCUCAACCCAUUGACGCUCGAAGCCCAGCCGGUCAUCAUGGACUGCAGGGGAUGGUGGCUUCUCUGCAUCACUGCCGUGGGCACUUGCUAUGUCUGGAAUAUCAACACCCUCUCAGCCCCUCAUCCUCCGGUCUCUGUCGCUCCCGUACUCGACGCGGCGAUACACUCACAAGGCCCACACCUCAUGGGCACACCUGGAAUUGUGUUCGCGCGUCUUAAUUCACAGGGUCGUGUCAUCGUGGCUCUGUCCAACGGCGACGGCUACACGUAUUCGCCAAUGCUCUACGUCUGGCAACGGCUCACAGAACCUUGGUGGGCUGUGGGAUCGCAGUAUUGGAACACAACAGACUCGUCCGUCAGCAAUCUCACGUCUACCGGAUUGUCCAACAAGAACGAGAAGAACAAGGACAAAGACGUCGACGAGGUUUCACCCGAAAACAUAUCGGCCGGCAUCAUACCGCAGCUCGAGCGCAACACGUCGAACAACGUGCUCAUUCGCGGCCGUGCGUUCUACUUGCAGCGCCUCAUCAAGGCAUUGCUGUCGGCCGAAGGCUUCGAGAAUCUGGAGUCGAGCAUCAGCGUCGCGCAUCUGGAGAACAGAGUGGCUGCGGCAAUGACGCUGGGCGCUCGAGAGGAGUACAAGAUUUACCUGCUCAUGUACGCAAAGCGGCUGGGUGCGGAAGGGUUGAAGGGCAAGAUCGAGGAGUUGCUGAGAAGUCUCAUGGGAAACAUCUUCGAGGACGAAGACGAGCGGGACGGCGACAAGGCGGGCGGGAACGCCGCCGAGGCGAACGGAUCGUCAUCGCAGGGUGGCGGCGCGAAAGAAGACGAUCUCGUGGGCUGGAAGCGUGAAGAAUUGCUGAAAGAGGUCGUCGUGGUUCUGGGCAAACACCGCGAUCUUCAGCGCAUCACGGUUCCUUACGCGCGGCUGCUGGGCGUCGUCGACCAGCUUCGUCCGGCGAACGAGGACGGCGACAUGGACACGGAGCUCUAA